CUUCCCACAAAGGUAAUCUUCGUCCAUGUCCUUGUUUAAUAGGUGCACAGUUGAUGAUUUUUUUUUAUACGGAAAAGAACAUUAACUCAUGCUGAUCUGCUUCCUUUGCGAGGAUGUGGAGCCAUUGACCAAACACGAGGAAAAUGAAAAACAAUAUGCAAGCAGAUCAGAUCCGAGACAGAAAGGGGUGCAAAGGUCGACGAUCUGGAAGCGGAACACUGACAAUGAAAAGGAACACCAGCUACAAUGUAGAUCCAGUGCCUGCAAAGCCCUGCUGGGAAGGGUUCUGGUGGCACAUAUACUUGGGGAGGAAAAGAUUGUGGGGAAAUUGUUUCACGAUCAGCAUGUGGUGUUUCCUCCUUUGGACGUGAAUAACAGACAGAUGGCUCCUCAGUUCCUGCAUCAACCUCUUGAUCAUCAUAGCUUUUCCCACGGUUUACUGCUUGAAUUUGAAAUCCUUCAUUUGUUAUUUCAAUGUAUAAGUCAGUUAAUUCCAACAAUUUAGCGAGCUUGUCCUCCACCGAAAGCUCUUGUGGCACAUUAAGCUGCUCGAAAUAUUGCCCAAGAUGCUCUUUCAAACUUUUAGUGUAGAACUCUGAAUGGGGAUUAUUCCAGUUCCAUUUUGAAUCGAUUCUCAUAUAUAUAUACUCUUGGACAUAA